AUGAGCUCACCCAGCACAUGGUGGAAAAAUGAGAGCGCUCGCUUUCUCCUACGACGAGAUCCAGCAAUAUCCCUGGACGCAAGUGCUCCAUGCAUAACACGCCGGACUGAAACAGGCACUGUCAACGGUUGUGCUUCUGGUGCAUUAAAUUCACCUUAUUCUUCAAGUCGUGGAAUCAACGAACGCAAAUUUAACACUAGUGAACAACUAGACAAUCGAAGUUUAGAAGCGAGAAGUAGUCAAAGCAUGCAACCACCUUUGAUACGAUCAGCACCAGACUAUGAGUUAUUUUUCGCCUAUGGAAAUGAUCAGCCAAGCACUUCACUCCGCUCCACAGUGGGCAGGUAUGAGCAAGAGAUACGAUCCACCAGUCUUAGAGAUGAUUCGUUGGAGCAGCCAAGGUUGCAAAAUACUACAUUCGAUAGUGGUCUGCACAAUGGCUACCUGCGAAACAUUCGCCAAGUAAGGAACGACUCACUUUUCCAAGGCUUUAAUCACAAGAACAUAUUCGAAGCUAGCAGACGUUCGAAUGCCGAAUCUUCGAUAUUAGCUGAGGUGCAAAAUCAUUCAACCCCUCUUCAGAGAAUGUCAUCGGAGAGUAAUUACUCUAAUUCAUUGAAUCACGUCAAUAUUUCUCCUGUUCACUGUAGCAACUUAAAUUUUGGGUCAGAUUUGUCAGGCGAAGGAUAUACAACGCCGGUCGGUGGCAGUUCUUCAAGGAGUGGCCAAGAUAGAGAGCUUGAGGAGAAUAUGAUGCAACUCCAACAAAGUGUUUUCGAAUUAACAGAUGGAGGUAGCAGACCUACAAGUAGAUCAAGCAGCCUUCGGGCUACUGACUAUUCAUCAGUAUCCGAAUCUUUAACCAGUUCUUCCCCAGUUGAACUAAAGGCUCGACUGAAUUCAGAUCCAAAAGCCUCAACGAGCUCUCAGUCCAAUGUAGAUGCACUUCCUGGACUUAAUCAUCUUACUAAUCGAAAUAUUCCUCCUCCAUCUUUGGCUUCAGCUGUUGAUAAUAUUUCUACCAGCUUUGGUCAGCUCGAUCUCAAUAACUCGGGGACUGCCGAUAUCGAACCUUAUCUUCUGUGUUCAGUUUUAUUGAAUGUUUUGCCGAAUCGCCUAUUGCCAUCUAAUGAAUGGGGGUCUUACGGCUCGAACACGCGAUUCAAUCAUGGAAACACAAAUUCAAAUUCUCCCACUACGGACUGUCUCCAAAAUAUGAUCGCCCAACUUGAAAAAACACAUCCAGUUUUAUUACGCUCUUUUCUGACCUAUCUUGAAGCCAAUAAUUCAGAAAUUCUGCAAAAUAUGCGUAAAUCUGCCGCUGUCAAAUCUGCUGGGAAUGUAAAUUUAUUAUCAUGCCUUGGGAGCUUACUGCCACUGGAGGAAGUAAAGAAUAAUACUGAGUUGAUGGACAUGUUAGCCACACAAGGAGCUGCCUACGCCGCAAGAUACGAUAGCGCCAAGAGUUCACUAUCAAAUGGAUAUGGGUAUUCAUCGCCAAUGACUAGUAGACAAAACAGUCGUCAAUCGGUGAAUUUCACUCCUGAUUUUCCCAUUUCACAACUCUACUCUCGAUCUCGUAAUAGCGACCCUCCAUUACCAAGUAAAUACCCUGUUCGUCCGGUUAAUUUUGAAGGGGAUAUUGAUCGCGCUGCUACAAUCUACAGAAACUCAGCCAAUUCUGCCUCAAGGAAACUAGAAUCGAUCCGCAUAUGGCAAGGAAAUUUACCAAUGAGAAACUACAAUUCCAUGUGCUUUUCAAGAAAAGUCUUUCUCGGUGGAGUUCCAUGGGACAGUACUAGUGAAGAUCUCGUUACUGCCUUCUGUCAAUUCGGUAGUGUAACUGUCUUAUGGCCGCAAAAGGAUGGUGGUUACGUUUCUCAUCAUAAUUGUUCCGAUUCCUCAUCUGAGAGAUCUUCCCCAAAGGGCUAUUGUUAUCUCCUCUUUGAUAACGAGUCCUGUGUUGAACAACUACUUGCCAAGUGUACUCGUGAUCCAACCAACGGCGGUGAAUAUUUCAAACUUACUUCGCCCAAAUUUAAAACCAAGAGCAUUCAGGUUAUACCUUGGGUAAUUAGCGACAGCCAAUUCUGCCCAAACGGCAGCCAGUCCAACAUUCGAAACAAAUUCACCGUAUUUGUCGGUGCAUUGCAUGGAAUGAUUACUGCUGAAGCUUUGGCCUCCAUCAUGAAUGAACUCUUUGGAAAUGUCAUUUUUGCUGGACUCGAUACCGACAAACACAAGUACCCUAUUGGUUCCGGUCGUGUCGCCUUCCGAACUGAAGAGAGUUACAUGGCAGCUGUGCAAGCUAAUUUUGUGGAGAUUAAGACUCCAAAAUUCGUUAAAAUCAUUCAGAUCGACCCAUUCCUCGAGGACUCUCUUUGUGAAUCAUGCAAAGCUUUGCCAGGAGUCUACUUCUGUCGUUCAUUGGAAUGCUUCAGAUACUUUUGUCCAGGCUGUUGGAAAAAUUGGCACCAUUCGAAUGCGACCAACCACAAACCGCUUCGUCGUAGUCUCAAAUUUAAUCAGGAUCGUUCCUAG